AUGGAUGCCCCCGACCGCUUCCGCCAGCCUGGCCUCCCGCAGUACCAGGGCAUGGGCCAGCAGUCUUACACGGGCACGCAGCAGUCUUUGCCCACGUUGCCUCCCCUCCACAGCGCCGCGUCGUUCCCUUCGUUGUACGGCGGCCACCACAGCAACCCCCAGACGCCGCAGCCGCCUCACACGCCUGUAACGUCUGCGCCUAACGGCAGUAGUACGAUGCCCCCACUACAGCACCCGCCGCUGAGGCCCAUCCAACCGUCACCCUCCUCCUACAUGCCCAUGUCGUCGGCUUACUCGCAAGCCCCUCUGUUGCCCACCGCGGCGGCUCACAACAACACACACCAGCUGGGCGGCCCAACACCUGGCAUGGGCAUGAACCACCCCUCGCUGUACCCUCACCCUCCUGUCCUCGCGAACCAGGAGCCUGAGCCUGUCCACGUUGUCGGUCAGCAAGGCCGUCGCGGAGUCCUGCCUACACACCCUGGUAGGCCAGCUCCUGCUGCUGGAAAGGCGCCUACCACUGCGACAAAGAACGCGGAUGGCAAGUAUGAGUGCCCUCAUUGUAACAAAACGUACCUGCACCUGAAGCAUCUGAAGCGCCAUCUCCUGCGACACACCGGUGAGCGACCUUACCAAUGCCAUCUGUGCAAGGACACUUUCAGCCGAAGUGACAUCCUAAAGCGUCACUUCCAGAAGUGCUCUAUUCGCCGCGGCAACCCUACUGGUGCCAAUCACCUGCAACACGCGCAGCAGCAUUUGCAGAAGAACCGCCCACCAAAUGGCGCUGAGGCCACCUCAUACCUCAACCACAUCUCGGGCACCUCGAUGCCAUACUCUGACGCAGGCUACUCCAUGGGUAUGCCGCAGAUGCCUGCUGUGGCUGCCAAUGGCUAUGGCGGCGAUCUGCCCUCCAUCGCUGAUCAGCACUCGAUGUCUGCCAGGACAUCGCGCUCCAACAGCUUGAUCAACCGUCCUGGCAGCGGUGUUGAGGAGAACAGGAGGAGCAUGUCCGCGUUGGACACAUAUGGACAGGCGCGUCUGAACUUUAACGACUACCGUCCCAACGCAAUGGCAAAUGCCGUAUCGCACGAUCCCAACUCGUUCGCAGCACAGCAGCAGCAGCAGCAGCAACAGCAACAGCAGCAGCAGCAACAGCAGCAGCAGCAGAACAAUGCGGUCACUGCGGACUCAGCAAACCACUUCAACUACAACCACGCCGCUGUCAACAACGACAUGGCGCAGAACAACAUGCCCGUAAAAUCUGAGGGCGGUGACUCAGCUUCUUACGGCGUCACUUCCAUGCCCACCGUAGAUGGCAUCCCCAACGGUCAGGACGGCUCUAUGUGGCGGAACGGCGGCGCUUUCAACGGAGUCAACGGAGAAUCACACUUCACGAAUGGAUCCAGUAUGGCAGGUGGCCCAAACCAACAUAAAGCGACUGGCGUUCUGACCGGCUUAUACUCGAAUCCCGGUUUCGUCGACUCUACCCCGUUUAUUGAAAAUUGGCCUCCCGCUUCCUCUGAUCCCCUCCAACAAAAAGCCGAGGCUCUGCUCAACUUCUGUUUCCCCAAUGCGUCACUCCCGGCUCCCGGAUCCAAUGAUGCUUAUUCUUACGAAGCACUCAAAGGCAUUCUUACCCCGGACAACAUCAACCAUCUUCUCCGGGAAUACAAACACUUUCACGUCCAUUGGCCGCUUAUUCACACUCCUACCUUUGAUCCAAUUGCUGCACAUGAAGGCCUUGUUCUCGCCAUGUGCUGCGUUGGUGCCGUCUAUUCUGAUAGGAUGACCCCAAAGUCGGUGCGCUGGUUGAUGGAACUUGUUCGUGGUGUUGUGUUGCGUUCGAGUCAGAUCUAUAAAAUGGCCCAGGAUCAGAAUCAGGUCUUGGAUCCUAACAGGCAUUGUUCGACCGACAUAGAGGAGUUCGAAGCUCUGAGUCUGCUCCAUAGCCUCUUCCUCUGGCAUGGCAGUCAAAACCAACGGCACCAAGGGCGCGAAGAAUUUUUUAUCUUUGCCAACAUCACCCGUCGGGCAGGGUUCUUGCAGCCUCUUCCUCGCAGCAACCCUGGAUUCAGCUCUCUGCACGAGCCUGGCCCUUUCACUGGCGACGAAGUCGCUUCAUGGAACUGGACUUCUUGGGUCGAGAACGAGAAGCGAGUUAGGGUGAUGGCAUACAUCUUCCUCAUCGAUGCAGCCAGUACCAUUUUCUUCAACGCACAGCCACAGUUUGAUGUCAACGAAAUCAAGGUUUCGCUACCGGCAGACGACGCAGCUUGGGAAGCGAAGACGGAAGAGGAAUGCGUAAGCGCAUUAGGACUGCGAGGAGAAGCAGCACAGGUCGCAAAUUCAACUGGAAGUAGGCGAGCAAAGCAACUCGGCAUGUCAGAGGCUUUGCAGGUACUUUACAGAGGGCCGCAUGGCCAGCUCCCUGACCGGGGUACCAACGCGUUCGGCAAGUUUCUUCUUAUUCAUGCAAUCCACGUCCAGAUCUUCAACAUACAACGCCAGCUCCUCAGGCGCGUAUCUACAAGUGGCAGCAGCACUCCUGAUGGGCCAGCUACCUCGCCCAACGGUGUCAGUGAACAAGUCCAACAGCUACUUCGAUCAACGGUCCAAGCUCUUGAGCUGUGGAAGACCUGCUGGGACAUCGAUCUGGCAAUACAGUAUCCUCAGGCGCAACCUCGCCUUGGCUUCUGCAGAGAUGGCGUACAUUUCUACUUCUUGGCUCGUCUCUUCCUGAGGAGCUCAAGGAGAGAAGAAUGGGCAGCACCUGCAGACUUGCGUUGCAGGCAUGUCUUCAACCUUCUCAAGCAGAUCAGGACACAUGUUGCGACCGACUCCAACCAGAAAGGUAUCGACUUUGGCUCUGUCACCACAGUUACAGACGACUACGGCAUCAACGACCUUACGCUCAACAUGAAGCAUCUCUUCACACCCAUCCAAAACCCUCGUGCCGUUCAGAGCCCACCUCAACACCUUUCAUAA